GCCAGGUUCGGGGUUCGCUUUGAGGGAAAUCUCCAGAACCUUAGCUGACCUAAACAGGCGCGUUGGAAACAGCGGGGCUGUCCCCACCGACAGUGCAGGCAACUUCAGAGAACUGAGAUGGACCGAUUCCUGGGUAAGGAGGUGACGGCCUGCCGUUUGAGAAAGGUGAGACAGGAGCAGGUGGCAGAAGGCUCCCCAGAGCUGGGUGAAGACAAGGAGUGUAGUGGCAGGAAAAGGCUCAGGAGAACAGCCCCUGGGACUACAGAGGACCUGGCAGACCCCAGCUGGCAGCGAAUCAGGGCCGAAGGCCUGGACUGCGAUUACACGCUCCUAUUUCGCAAAGCCGAGGCGGAUGAGAUUUUCCGAGAGUUGGAGAAAGAAGUGGAAUAUUUCACAGGUGCUCUGGCCAGGGUUCAGGUGUUCGGGAAGUGGCACUCAGUACCCAGGAAGCAGGCGACAUACGGGGACACAGGGCUGACCUACACAUUCUCUGGCCUGACACUGUCGCCACGGCCCUGGAUCCCCAUUCUCCAGCGCGCCCGGGAUCGGGUCUCUGCAGUGACGGGUCAGACCUUCAACUUCGUGCUGGUCAACAGGUACAAAGAUGGCCUCGACCACAUUGGCGAGCACCGGGAUGAUGAAAGGGAGCUGGCUCCAGGCAGUGCCAUUGCCUCUGUGACUUUCGGGGCCUGCCGGGACUUCGUGUUCCGCCACCGUGAGUCCCGACGGAAGGCGUCCUCGCCGGAGGUGGCCUCGGUCAGGCUGCCAUUGGCACACGGGAGCCUCCUUAUGAUGAACCCCCCCACCAACACAUACUGGUAUCACAGCCUUCCAGUCCGUAGAAAGGUGCUGGCCCCACGGAUCAACCUGACAUUCCGGAAGAUCCUGCCCACUAAAAAGUAGGGCGUGUCGUUCGUUUGGGGCCAUACCCAGCUAUAUUUCGGGGUUGUCCUGGCUGUGAGCUUAGGGAUCACUCCUAAUGGGUCUCAGGGAAUCUUAUGGGGUGCUGGGGAUCGAACCCAGAUGAGCUACAUGCAAGGCAAGUGUCCUCUGUUGU